AUGAAGAGAUGGAUAUUGUUCUUAUUCAUGGUUUUAUUUACUGUGGCUUUGGCUAUAAACAAUGAACAACAUAAAAAGAAAAAAGAGUUAAACAAUAAUAAUCAACAACAACAACAAAAGAGAGAAAUAUUAAAUAAUUUAGAUGAAGAUACAAGUAGUUCAGAUGUAACAGAUGAAAAAGAAACCCAACAACAACAACAACAACAACAACUCAAGUAUAACAAACAACUUAUUCAAACUCUAUUGAAAUUACAACAACAACAACAAUCUGAAAAAGAUUUAAAUGAUGAUCACAACAAAAAAAAGAAGGACUCUGAAUCUUUACUACUUGAACUACAGCAAGAUUCUUCUUCUUCAACAAUGAAUGAAGAUGAAGAUGAACAAGAAUAUGGGACCGACCAACUAGUAAUAGAGAUUUCAUUAGAAGAAUUGAUCGAUAGAGUACACGAUUCCGAAGGAAGUGGGGAUGUUUACGAAGAGUUAAAAAAAAUGGUUGGUGAAGCUCAAAACAAGAAAACCUUGGACCAGUUAUUGUCACAGUCAACACCCACAGCUGCCACCACCGCCGCCACCACCACAACUACCUCUCCCACUACAGCCUCACCUUUAACAGAUCCAAUACAAAAACAAAAGGAGAAACAAGAGUUGGAUCAAACAUUGCAAUUCAUGCACAACAAGAUGUUUGGGUUUGAGGAUAAAAGUUUUCUAUUUUCACCAACCAACAGACAAUCGGACAAGAUACCUUCUCCAAUAGAGAAAACACAAUUUUCUCUAUUACCAGGACACGAACAAUUUAUUCUUGGUCAACAGAAACGUGGAUUCAAUUUAAUUGCACAAUCUUCUGAAAAGGAUACCUUUCAAUAUGUUGGUUCGGAAAAUAUUGAUAUUGAACAAUCUAUACAGCUUUUAACUGAAUCUGCAAAUCUUGGAAACCACAAGGCAAUGUACAUUCUUGGUACAAUGGAAGAGAUGGGAGAAAUAGGAUUUAUUAAUUUUACAAAAGCAGUAGAAUGGUACCAAAAAAGUGCAGGUUUUGGGAAUCCAGAGGCACAAUACUCUCUUGCAUUCCUAUAUUCAACUGGCAAAGGAGUUGAAAUGAACGAGGCCAAGAGUAUACUGUACUUGACAUUUGCUGCCAGAUCUGGACAUAUAGUUUCAAAACUUGUACUUGGCUAUAGAUAUUUCUAUGGUCACGGAGCCCCCAAAUCCUGUCAAAAAGCAGCCCAACUUUAUGAAGAGGUUGCCAAAUAUGUAGUUGAUGAGCACGAGUCUAAGGGAUUUCUUCACCAACUUGAAGUAGAAAGAUUUUCAGACCGCCAACAACACAUGAAAUCCUCUCAACCAGAGGAAGAAAGUGUCGUUGACUUUUUCAAGUAUUCAGCAUUGUCUGGUGAUGUACAUUCUUUAGUGACAAUGGCCAAUCUUUAUCUUCAAGGUGGAUUUGGCGUAGCCCAAGAUUUGCAAGUAGCUUUUAAUUACUAUCGUGAAGCUGCACAAAGACAAUAUCCACAGGGAAUGGCAGGUCUUGGAUUUAUGUAUUCCAAGGGCUAUGGCAUCGAACAAAGCAAUGAAACCGCUGUAUUUUAUUAUAAACGUGCUGCAGAUUUGGGAAAUGUUGGAGCAAAAACCAAUUUGGGCGAAAUGUAUUUGAAUGGUUGGGGCGUCUCUCAAAAUGUAAAGAUAGCACUGAACCUAUUCACAGAAGCAGCCAACAGUGAAGACCCAGAGGCAGUUGGAGCUCAAAUCCAACUUGGAAAAAUGUAUCUCUCUGGGCAAUACAUUGCAAAAGAUCUUGGAAAAGCUUUGGGCCUAUUUCAGGCUGCUGCUACUCAAGGAAACUUGGUAGCCAUCUAUUACUAUGCAUCAUUAAGUCUUGCCCAACAACCAACACCAACAUAUUGCCAAUCCGCCGUUCUUCACUUCAAACGUGUUGCCGAGCGUGGUCCAUGGUCUCAAAUCUUGACACAAGCCCAACAACUUUUCGAUCAAGGUGAUGAUGAACGUGCUCUUUUAUUCUUUGAAAAGGGUGCAGAAAUGGGAAUAGAAAUCGCUCAAAAUAAUGCUGCUUGGAUGUAUGAUCAAAUGGCAAAUGAAGAUUAUCAUCACAAUAAUAAUGAAAAUAAUGAUAAUAAUGAAAAUAAUCAAAAUAAUAGUAAUAGUAAUAAUAAUAUUCCAAUCGAUCAAGAAAUAAUAAUGAUUGAUAAAAUGGUAUUUAGAUAUUAUUCCCAUUCUGCUGAACAAAACAAUCCAAUUGCACACUUGAAAUUGGGUGACUAUUACUACUAUGGUCGUGGUGAAGAACCUAUUGAUCAAGAGCGAGCAGCAGAUCUUUACCAACAAGCAGCACACUUACAAAAUGCUCAAGCACUAUUUAAUCUUGGCUACAUUCACCAAUUUGGCCUUGGUAGACAACAAGAUUUAUUUCUCGCCAAAAGAUAUUACGAUAUGGCAUUAAUGUAUGAGCCUAGUGCCUACAUUCCAGUAUAUUUGGCCAUGUCUAGUUUGUGGGCUCAAUACUAUUAUCGUUUCAUUGCCUCCUACCUUUAUGGAGUACAUGACCCACUUUUGGACCAAAACACAAAUCAUCAAACCAUUUUGAUCAAUAAUGACAAGGUCGUGGGAAAUGACGAUCGUAGCGUCAAUUACGAUCGACUAAAGAAACAAUCGCAAACCAUUGAAGAAGAAGACGACGAAUCAUUUGAUUUUUUUUCAGUAGAUUCUUAUUUAAUUUGCAUUGUGGCAAUUAUAUUUUGUUAUUUGGUUGUUCGAAGACAAAGAUUAUUACUUAGACAAAAUCAAAGACAACCACCUCCACAACAAAAUUAA